AUGGCCAUCAUCGACUCCGACAGGACCCUCAUCUGCCUUCGCAACGCAAUCCAAUUCAUCACCACCAUGGCCCAGAGAAAACUCCGCUUCAUGUUCGUCAACACCAACUCCCUCUGUUACACCCCAUCCACGAAUACUCUCACCAAGAAGAUCGUCUCCGGCUCCACUCAGCUGUUGGAUUGCCUUGUCGUCUUCAACUCCAAGCGGAAGUCCUCGAUGAUUCUAGAGGCUUAUAGGUUGCAGAUUCCAAUUGUUUGGCUUGUGCACUCUGACAUGGCUAUCGAGUAUUACAACAAGAUCACAUAUUUGAUUCCAUUUUUGGCGGAGCUAAAGGAGAAGUUCAAUGAAGCCGCGAGGAGAAAAGACGUCAAGGGUUCGCAGUGGAAAAGCUUAUGGCCGAGUAUCUGA